AUGUCUGAAGAUACAGGACAACCUCCUCCUACUCAUCCAUCUUUCCCAUCGGGUGGUGUCAACAGUAACUUGAACAUUUUACCAAGUCAGCCAAUCCCAAAGAAAUCGGCCAUCAUUAAGACCGAUCGUCCCAGACCCCACGUUUGUUUGAUUUGUACCCGAGCGUUUGCUAGAUUAGAACAUCUCAAGAGACACGAAAGAUCACACACAAAUGAAAAGCCAUUCCAAUGCGCUGCUUGUGGCCGCUGCUUUGCAAGACGUGAUUUGGUCCUAAGGCACCAACAGAAGUUACACGCCGGUUUACUAAGCGCUAACAAUACUAACAACAACAAUAACAACUCAGGAAGCAAUUCCGGCGGAACUGACAAAGCUAAAGGAAAGCUAAAAAAUUACAGCGGCAAUAUCAUCGAGCAUAAAAACAACACCGAGAAAAUCAAGCCUCUACCUGGACAAAUUACACAACCACUACAACAGGAAAAGGCGAGGCAAUCACAAAAGCUAGCACCACAAAACAAUUCUUUAAAGCCCCAAGUGCCAAGUCCAUUGCUACAAGCUUCAGGAAUUGGUGGCCUCCCAAAUCAAUUUCUAUCGCCACUUCAAGAACCUCAGCCGACGUCAGAUAAGCUUAUCUCUCCAAUAAACAACAACCAGGCAACUUUUUUUGAAGCCCAGUCAAAUAGCAAUAGCGCUUCUCCAAAUGACUCAAUUUAUCAACCUUUUUCUCCAGCAAGUACGUUAAAUUCUAAUUCAAUGAGCAGGUCCGGCACAAAUGAUGGGUUGGGAUUGGGCCCAAUAAAUCUGUUGAAUUCUCUUAGCGGAGGAGUUGCUGGUGCAAAACCCAACGCCACCGGAGACUUCCCCUCGUCUAAUGGAGGUCCGAUGAUGAGUCUCUCUAAUUCCAUUGGCAAUAUCAAAAAUAUUUCUAAUAAUAGCGCCUUGAAGAAAACUAAUUCCGAUCCGGCAUUUGCGAAGCGGGCUGCUUUGAAAUCGUCGCAAAAACCACUACCAGCCAUGACGAGAAUGAGCUCACAUGCCAUCAACGAUAAUGAUGCGAUUGAAAUAGAUGGGGAAAGUGAAGAUGAGGACCUACUCACCUCAUUCCAAAUGUUCCAUACAAAUUCAGAGACAAAAAACUCAAUGAUACCUUCUAAAACUAGUGAUAAUAUCCCUGCUACAAGUAACCCAGCGGGGUCUCACAACCCUCAGACUGACUAUUCUAAGCAUCAUCCACAUCCUCACCAUCAUCAUCGUCAUGCAUCGUUUUCAGCAACUCUGAUGAUCUCGUAUACUUCCCCUUUUGAAGCGCUCAAUAUUGUGUCCCAUGACACAGUUCCUGAGGCACCUCACCAAGUAGGAUUCUCGACUCCCCAAAUGUCUGCACAGGAAUUGGUUGAAAAAGCUGUUAUGGCUGGUGUUGAUUUAGAAGCUUUGGGUGUUGACUGGGGUGGACUUGAAGGCUUCCAUUUGGACGGUGUAGAACAACAUUCACAACAUCAAAAACAGCAAUCUUAUAAUCAACAAACUGGAUAUUUGAAAUCUGAGCAGCAAAAUACUGGUGAAGGUCACAGCCUUUUCCACAAUCAUGCUGCCUUCCAAAGUCAUGAUGUAAACAAAAAUGAUAGUACACAACUCCAAGGUCAUAGCCCCAAUGUCAGCCCUAGUUCUAAACCAAAAGAACAAAUGGACCACACAAUAUUUUCCAACUCCGAUAAUACUGGGCAAGCAAACGAUUUAUUUAACCAGCAUUCUUAUUAUGAUGUAAAUAGCAAUUAUCGGAACAAUAAUGGAUAUAUCGGGUUUGAGCAUGAUGGCCAUGAAAUGACCCCAUUUCAGUAUUCGCUUUUUGGUAAUUCUCAUGACCAUAAUUAUGGUCAUAGCCAUCAGCAUCGUGAUACCCACUCAGACCGACAAAGAAUGACAAUUUCUGGUCAAAACGUUUCGACUGUCCUCAACAUGAAUAGUGGUAAUGGUAGUAUUUCCACAAACCCAUCGGAAGUUCCAUCGCAUACUCACCAUGACCAAAGGGAGGAAUAUGUGGAUCUUCCUGCGCUUCAAGAGUUUCUCCAUACUGGUACCAUUGGUGGAGGGGCCGGUUUUGAUGACUACAGAAGUUUGAGACGCUGGGUUGCGUUACAUGGAGGACAAGUGGAGAAUGUUGAUGAGGACCUCGAGAAUAAUGUGGAUGAGGACCUCGAGAAUAAUGAUGAAGAGAUGAAUAACAAAGACAUCAAAUCUGAUAAACAGAACUUCAAGCACGAAGACAAGAAACUAGUGAAUGAUUUUAGAACUGAAAAUAACAGCAAUAGAGUCUACCAUAAUAUGGCUUCGGGCAUCCCAAUGAAUGGAAAAGGAGAACAAAAUGUUGUUGACAUACUAGAUGAAAAUUGGCUAGAUGAGUUUAUAAGGACUCCACUUAAUCUGGGCCAUCACUUGCAAUAUGAUAUCAACCAUAUUGGGUUUGUUGACCGUCAACAAUAUCAAGAAGGAUUGGUACAAGAAUCAGAUAGUAAUGGAUCUCCUGUUGCCGCUUCUCCGGUUUUAUCUGUGACGACAAAUGUCCCUGCUGGGGCGACUGUUGGUGUGCAAAAUACUUUAUCUACACAAAAUCCUACUAAUUCCAUGGCACCAGCCUCUGGGAGAGGAACCAUAAUCAAUAAUAACAAAAAGGUUGGUUCUACAGUGAGUGGAAGAAUUACAAAAAAUCCAUUGGCAAAAACUUUGAGUGGUUCUGCUAAACCGACUUCCUCGAUUAAGACUGGCAUACCUUUAUCAAAGGGAUUCAGCUCUUCGGCAGCUGGUGGAAAUGUUUCUGUUGCAGCAGGAAAAUCUGUUGGUGCAGCCAAACCAGUUGUUGGAUUUGGUAAGGUUGCGGGCAAAGGCGGUAAGAUUAUGGCCAAAACUGGAAGUAAAAAAGAUAAAAACUCAAGAAUUAUGAUAGCCGGCACCGAUAUUGCUUCGUUGUUCAGGGAUCGUCAAUUGGAUCUAUUUAAACAACAAACCCAAGCGCAAGGUAAACCGUUGGCUAAUACCAACUCUAACAUCAAUUCUCCGAAUGUUAAUUCGUUUGGAAAUUCUCCAAGCUUUAGUGGAUUGACAAGUCCUAUUGCUUCAGUGAAUAGUUCGAAUAACAAUUUUAUUUCCAAUGGAUUACGCUCUAGUUCUGGAAGUGGUACAGGAUCACCUUACCCAAACUCUUUUGCAUUAAGUAAUGGCGACGAUAUUUCGAAUACAGGUAUAAAAUCAGCAGCAAUGUCCAGUGCUGCAUCCAAUAAUUCAUUUCUCAACACAAUAAACAUGCAUGCUUCAUAUCCUUCUGAACUCAAGUUUGAUUUGUUCACGAAAAAGAUUCGAGAUCAUAUCAUUGAAAGUAAUGGGUUGUCUGAAGGACAAUUCCCAAGUAUUGGCGAAUUGAACAGUUAUAGCUUUUUGUACUGCAAAGAGUUUGAUGCCUAUUUCCCGUUUGUUCACUUGCCUUCAAUUGAACUGACUAUCGAAAAUAUCCCUUUAUUGUUGGCUGUGGCCGCUAUCGGGGCGUUGUAUUCGUUCCAUUCUUCUAAUUCAUUGUUGCUAUUUGGGGUGUCAAAGUUUUAUAUCCAUAAUUUCCUAGAAACCAAUAAAAAUGUUCAGCAUGAUGAUAUUCCAUUAUGGUUGAUACAGUGCUUAACCCUCAAUAUGUUUUUGGGGAUUUUCAACAAUGAUGAGUCUUUGAAUAAGUCUAUUGCCAAACAAUUGAACUCCUUGAUUUAUUUAGUGAAGAAGUGUUCUUUGCAUUUACCAUUAGAACAAUUCAUUACUCCACCACCAAUUUUUGAUGCCACUUCGACUCAAAACGAUCAUAACACUACCCCGUUGAUUUUGAAGAACAACUUUGAUUAUUUCAUUUUGGCACAGUCUAGAAUUCGUACGGUUCAUACCAUUUUAUUAAUCUCAGUGUUGUUUGAUACAUUGAUCGGUGCACCAAUUGUUUUGAAAUCGGAAGAUUUGCAAUGUGGUACUCCAUGUCCGAAUGAAGCUUAUUGGAAGGCUCCAAAUUACCAAAAAUGGUUCCAAUUAUUGCAUGGUGAUAACAUUGUGAUUGACUCAAAGUUUGCAUUAAUUCAGUUGUCUAAUGGUGGGUCAUUUACUGAGUUGAUUUCAUCGUUGGUAAAUCAUAAUUAUUUGGAUUUGGUCAAUAGACAAGUUGGAUUGAAAGUGUUGUUACUGUUGUUGAUGUAUAUUCAUCAAACCAUUUACGAAAGAAGAAUGGAGCUGAGAAGACAGGAAAUGAAUGAUGGUCUUAGGGCGAUGAAAUGGAGAAUGAACGAUCGUGUUGAAUUGGAAUCUUUGUUGAAGUAUUGGGAAUUGUUAUUUAUUAGGAAUGAAGGGAUCUUAAUUCCUAACACUUCUAAUUUGGCAUUGAUUAAUAAAUCUCCGAUUUUGAAACUCAUUUUGCCAUUACUUUCGUUUUCUAAGAUCAGGCUCUGUCUUUCGGUGACCCCGAUUUUAGAACGUGUUUGGGUGAAGGAUUGGGAAGGGAUGAAUGAACAAUUAACAUUGAUUGAAAAUGACCCGGAAGCCUUAAGAGAAUCCCUGAGAUAUGCGUUGAAUAUUAUUGAACUAUGGAUUGAUUUGAUUUCGGUGCAUAAUGAUGCACAAAAGACGAGUCGCAAGACCCCUAUUUUCUUUUUAACUUGUACUUUCACCAGUAUUUUAUUUUUAACCGAGUACUUGCAUACUAUUGAGAAGUUGACGAUUACCUAUGCUAAUCUGUUGGUUGACAAACAGAACUCUUCAAAAUCUAUUUUGACUGCCAUUGAUACGGCGUUAUUUAUCAGAGUUUCCAAAGUUUUGAGAAAAGUUAGCACCACUUUGACUCCUGACAAUGCCAAUACCAGAAGUUUUACGGAGUUUUUAACGUUUCAAGCUAGUGGAUCUCUUGAGUUUGAUAAUUUGAGUGAAGAUGCUAAUAAAUUAGGUCAAUCUGGUAUUCCUAAAAGUGAAACUACUACUGAAGAUUCUAUGGAUAAAUUAAUCUGUUUUAUCCGAAGCUCAAGGUUGUCGUCUAAGUGUUUAUAUUUGGGAAUUCGUAUUUUAGCUGAUGCACCAAUUUGGCCUGCUGCUGUAUUGUUUGCAGAGGCUUUAAGGGCUAGACUGAUGGCCAUUUCAGGGACCACUGAUGCCACUCCAAAUAGCAGUGUCAAUUCUGGCUGA